UACAGAUCUAAGCCGGCCGACGCGUCCCCUCCUCAGAACAUUGUCGGCCGAAAGUUCCAGACUCUAAGCCUGCCUAAUUGUGAGCAAGUUUGCGAGGAUCCACCUGACCGAGGGAAGCAUAAUGAAGGAAUCAGAGUUGCUGAAGCAGGGAGCAGAGGCGAAGAUAUACCGCACAAGCUUCUGUGGCCGGCCUGCUAUUGUCAAGGAGCGGUUCCGCAAGACAUACCGGCAUCCGGAGCUGGACGACGCCAUCACAGUGGACCGCAUCAAGGCUGAGGCCAGGGCGCUGGCCCGAUGCAGAAAACUUGGCGUGCACGCGCCGACCGUGUACCACGUGGACCUGGCGCGGCGGCGCAUCGUCAUGCAGGACCUGCCGGAGGCGACCACGGUGCGCGAGGUGAUCUGCCGGCUGUCGGCGUCCGAGGGCGCCGGCUGCGCGCCGCUGCUCGCGCUGGCCGGCCGCGUCGGCCACCUGCUGGCCGCGUUGCACGCCGCCGGUCUGGUGCACGGCGACCUGACCACCUCCAACCUGCUGGUGGACCCUGACCUGCGCACAGUGACGCUGAUCGACUUCGGUCUGAGCGGCGCGGGCGGUGGCGCGGAGGAGCUCGCCGUCGACUUGUACGUGCUGGAGCGGGCCGUGCUCAGCACGCAUCCGGACUCGGCGCCGAUUACCGGCAGGGUCUACGAGGCGUACCGCGCCGCCUGGCCGGGCGCCGACGCCGUGCUCAGGAAGCUGGACGAGGUGCGACUGCGCGGCAGGAAGAGGCUUAUGCUGGGCUGAGGCGACCGGCUGUGCAGGAUCCGCUUUGCUGUGGGGCUGGUUUGACGUGUUUCGUGAAAGCUACCAAAAGCUCAAAUGCCUCUGGAGAGUGAUAUUUCACGUUAGUGACAUUUUUCAUCCAUAUGACGCGCCAUACGAUGUCGCCGCAGUUGACCAUGUUUUUGGAUUGCGUGUAUAUUUCGUAGCUUAAAAAGAUUAUAUACACGUUGCUGAGUUUCUGUCACACUCAAUGUCAAUCUCUGUCGCCAACUCCACAGAGCACGUGGCUGGCUGGCAUAGCAUGUAACAAAACGCGCGGGGAUAGCGUGGGACAAAUUACAACAGUUGAUAGCUCUUUACUCAGAUGCAUUCACGACGAGAGGUUAUCUGAAGAGAACCUUGCGCAUGCGAAAAGCUCGAAUCUACUGUCUGCAUUGCUGGUUCGCCACAGCACACCCAGAUAAAU